GCCUCUUCAUCAUCCCCAAGCACAUUCACAAAUUUCAAGUUUCAACUGAUCAUCAUCGCCAAUGGACUUGCCAGCGGAUUUGCCAGUGGAAACCUGUGCUUCAGCCCCGUUCGAUCACGCUAAAGCAGACGUUAUCUUACGAUCAGCUGAUGGCGUGGAGUUUCGCGUUUUCAUGCUCUUCCUCUCCCUUGCCUCUCCGUUCUUCGAAACAUUGUUCAGCCUCCCUCAGGCAUCCGAUGGGGCAUCCGAUCAAGAGAUGAAGGAUGGCUUGGCAGUCAUCGUCGUGUCUGAGGACAGCAAAACUCUAGAUUCGUUUCUCAGGUUUUGCUAUCCAUCGACACUGGCGGAGGAUCCUUCCCUUGACAACCUCACAGAGGUCCUCUCUGUGCUCGCAGCUGCGAGGAAGUAUUCACUAGACCUGAUCGAGAGAAAAGUAUGUCAGGCUCUGGCGAAUCCCAAGGUUCUUGAGACAGAACCCCUUCGCUGCUUCGCCAUUGCGAGGAACGCACGGCUCAAGCAUGAAACCAUCACCGCUGCCAGACACAACUUACGGCAACCCUUAAUUCCUGUGUUGUUUGCAGAAAUCAACCUUAUCACUGCAUCUGACCUUCUUGCGCUGCUGACAUAUCACAAAAAAUGCGCUAUCGCUGUACAAGCUUUAAUCAAGGAUUUCAAAUGGAUGACAGAUCAUUAUGGCAGUCUGGGUGGCUGCGGUUGGCUGUUCAAUCGUCCUAAUAACUCCCACUAUGGCGGCAACCAGUACUGCUGCGGACAGGGUACUGACACAAGAUUUUUUCCUUGGAAUACGCCUCCACUUGCAUGGUGGACAACAUAUAUGCAAGAGGUAUACGAGCUGUUACAGGAUAGUCCGUCCGGCGAUACUGUGAGGACGGCAGCGGACAGGACGAUUCAAAAGGUCAGAAGCGCGAACUGUGCUUCUUGCUCUGGCCGGGUGAAAGAAGCCAUGACGGAGUUUAGCAACUUGCUUGCUCUGAAAGUCGAAGAGGCUGUCGCUCCGAUCGAGCUAGAGAUUGACUUCUGAUUGUGACUAUCCUCUUCCGUAAGAUCACGUCCAUAAGCUUGUGCCAAAGUGUAGUAUCCAGCCGCCCCAGUGUCCAUAAUCGUUCAGAUCCAACAGUUGCAA